GACAUGAUGAAGGCUGUAUUCUUCUUUGCUCUGUUUGCUUGUGCCGCUGCUGACCUGUGCCAAGAUGGAGAUGACGCGAAACUCAGGGGAAUCAAGGGCGUUGCACGAUCUGGCGCUAAUCUGAUCCUCGGAAACUCAUGCCCUUCUUUCAACAUUAACAAGGUCGUCUUCUCCAAGAAAUGCGAGGCUCUCGCCACACAAGCCAUGUGCUACGGACUCAGAGCCGCCGAGAGGUACGGAGACAGUGACGUCAUCAGCUACGGAGACCUCUCCGGAGACAUCCCCAACAUUGCUGAAGUCGGAGAACUCACCUGUUUACAUGCUAAGGCAUGCUUCAAUCAAGUCUCCAAAGCCUUCAAGAAAUGCAUCAAAGACAACCCCAACUUCAUCGAAGAUACCGUCGCUGCCGCUGAGUUGGCUUAUGAAAUCAAAGCUGAACAGGCCGUCCUGGACUUCGUCGACAGCAGCUCCAACACCCUCUUUGGAGAACUCGCCAACCUGGCUAUUGGACAGUUCGACAGUGUCGCAGACAUCAAGAGCUUCAUCGAAGAGUACGUCUCCAAAGACCUUAAAGGAAAGGUCGCUAGUGAUGCUGCAGCUGCUGCUAAGGAAGCCAAAAAGAUGGCCAACGAAUGGUGCUCAAGCGGAUGUACCGGACAGUCUGCUGAUUUUGUUGAGGCUCUCUUCAAAGGAAUGCACAGUGGACAGUGCGUUGAUGCCUCUCAAUUCUGUGGUCCUUGCCAUGACAACGCACACGCUCACUUCUCAGCUGGAAACAGCAUUCCUUGCUGCAUGGACAACGUCAUCCAGAAGGGAAUCGCGGCUUACAAGUACGUAGCUGAAGCCUACGGAGACCAGGUCAAUGAAUGGGUCGGACUUGUUUCUGAUGAACUGAGCGCCGCUGCCAACGCCAAGGCUGUCGAAUACAGGGAUGCCGUCCUCGAACAGGCUGACUGCAUCGCAGAUGCAUACAACGAGCACAUACCCAACUGCGCAUAAAGCACUAACUUCCACCAUCACAAGAUAUCUCGAAAAAUAUUGGAUUUUUAGGACUUUUUGAACUAUUAAAGGUCUUUUGGAAAUCGUUAAAAAAGUUUUAGGGUUUUUUAUAAAUUUUAAGACUUUUUAAUACUCUGCGGACUUUUGAUAUUUUGAAAAGUUUUUUAAAGACUUUUAUAAGGACUUUUAUAUUGAAUACUGGACAUUUCACCUAUUUAUAAUUUGUAGUGUGUUGAUGUCGUAAGACUCGACAGAAUUUAUUACUAAAACCGUGCAUUCCACAUA